AUGGCUUCUACUUUUUUUAGUUUGAGACUUACAAAAAUUAAAAUGAUGAAAUAUUUCAUUCUUCCUUUCGCGUUAUUUAACACAUUACUUCUCGCCUAUGCUCAGGAAAGUUUUACCUGCGAACAGGAAUUUAAUCUACAAGGAACUACAUGUACACCAUGUCAACAAACACUUCAUAAAUACCCAUUCAUUGAUAUUUAUUCCAUCACAAAUAAACAGCCACCAUCCGACAAAUGCUUAAUCAUUCCACUUUUUCAAUAUUAUUUAUCUGAAGGAAAUGCUGCUUCCACGCCAGAUACUUUACUUGAUCCGGUAAACGUAAAUAAUGCUUUAGACAAAACUUGUGCUGAUACCGCAAAUGGUGCUUGUAGCGAAGAUCACGUUGUAAGUGCUUAUACUGAAGUCGACAAAAAUUGUGAUGCAGAAUUAAAUAAUUACUUCACCACCGGGACAACUGAUAUAAUUGGAACAAAAGCUUUUACGACUUUGAUUGUAUUCUAUACUGCUAUACCUGUGAGAUCUUUUUACUGUGGUAAAAUUGGGAAUGCUCGCGAUAACUUAAAAGAAUUUCGAGAUAAACACCCUAUUACUCCCAAUUUACAAAAGGCCUUAGCUAACUCUACCAAAGCUAUAGAUGAAUAUGACGCAAAAUGUGGCACAUCAAGCGCUAAAUCAACAAUUAAAUCAAAUGGACAUCGAAUUAUAAAUGAUUUUGGUAAUUACUCUGGAAUUUUAAUGGGAUUAAUUGUAUUUUAUAUGAAUUUCAUGUAA